AAAGAGAAAACGCUAUAUAAAGAGAGACGGAGAUGGGCAAAUGAUGAGAAGAAGAGAGUGGAAAUGUGGGUCGCAAACUGCACAUGUUGCCAACAUGUACCUCCUCUGGAUUAUCUUCCAAUAUGUCCUUCUCGUUCCCAUCCAUUCCACUGUUGCCGGUGCGUUCCCAGCUGUCCUUUUUGCAUCCAAAAUAAACUUGCCUUCGGUUACUGUGUCCCUUCUUGUUAUUUUUGCCCACAACGGUUCACUGCACUAGACCGACCAACGGGUGGCGAAACACCUGGCAGAGGAGGGCAAGGCGAACCAGAUAGGAGCACACCAGACGGACCAACGGGUGGCAAAACACCUGGCAGAGGAGGGCGAGGCGAACCAGAUAGGUGCACACCAGACGGACCAACGGGUGGCAAAACACCUGGCAGAGGAGGGCGAGGCGAACCAGAUAGGAGCACACCAGACGGACCAACGGGUGGCGACACACCUGGCAGAGGAGGGCGAGGCGAACCAGAUAGGAGCACAGAAGACACCAUUCCAUUUCCCAUUUCGACAAAUCCUUCCUGGAGUAAUCCAAAACUUUAUGGUUGGGGAUUCCAGCAUUGCCUAGUGAAUGUGGGAAGUAGCCUCCUCGUUUCCUCCAUUAUGGUCAAUAUUGCCGGAGGUGGCAAUGUAGAGAAAGCAAAGGCAGUACAGGCUUCCCUGUUUGCAGUGGGAAUAAAUACAAUGUUGCAGAUUUGGAUUGGUACUCGGCUUUCUGUGUCCAUGGAAUCAUCCCAAGCUUACAUCAUCCCUAUCAUUUCUAUUGCUUUAUCAACUUUCAGUAAUUAUAGUGACUCACUUGAUUCCCAUCAGAGGUAUGAAGAAUUCAUGAGACGCGUACAAGGAGCAAGUCUCAUUUCGUCCAUCUUCCAAAUGGUGAUUGGUUUCUCAGGUUUGGGAAAAUAUUUUUCUAGACACCUUAGCCCACUCGCUUCUGUUCCUCUUGUAACUCUCACUGGACUCGGACUCUACGUCCGUGGAUUUCCACUGGUGGCCAAGUGUAUUGAAAUUGGACUCCCAGCUUUAGCUAUUCUGGUUUUCUUGACUCAGUUUCUUCCCCGCAUAUGGAAAGCAAAAAAAGAGAUGGUUGGACAAGUAGCAAUCGUAUUAUCUGUUUCAAUUGUAUGGAUUUAUGCAGAGAUUUUGACUGCGGCUGGUGCAUAUGAUAAUACAACUCAACAAACACAAACUUAUUGCCGUACUGAUAGUUCUGGCCUCAUUGAUGCUGCUCCUUGGAUAAAAAUUCCACGUCCAUUUCAAUGGGGAACGCCCAUUUUUGAAGCUGGUGAUGCUCUUUCAAUGAUGGCUGCUUCUCUUGUAGCUGUUAUUGAGUCUUCUGGUACAUUUUUGGCAUCAUCAAAACUAAGCGGUGCUCCUCCUAUACCUCCCAGUGCACUGACUCGUGGUAUUGGCACUCAGGGAAUAGGAACCAUGAUAGAUGCAGUAUUUGGAACAGGAAAUGGCUCUACUGCUUCAGUGGAAGACGCUGGUCUAUUGGGACUAACACAAGUAGGAAGUCGGAGGGUCGUUAUAGUAUCAGCAAUCUUUCUGGUUUUCCUUUCCAUAUUAGGAAAAGUUGGGGCCUUUUUCGCUUCAAUACCAUUGCCAAUUGUGGGAGCUCUCCACACUCUCCUCUUCCCUUAUGUGGCUUCAACUGGUCUUGAAUAUCUGGAGUAUUGCAACGUGAAUAGCUUCAGAUCAAAGCUCAUUCUAGGUUUUUCUCUCUUCAUGGGUCUCUCUGUGCCUCAAUACUUCAAGGAAUAUGUUUUUCUUACUGGUCAUGGUCCUGUUCACACUGGCUCCACCUGGUUCAAUGACUUAAUCCAAGUGAUUUUCUCAUCUCCACCAACAGUUGCUCUUAUAGUUGCUUUCUUUCUGGAUAGAACUCAUACUCCUAGAGCCCGCUCCACCUGGAAAGACAGUGGCAGGCAUUUCAAGAAGCAAUCAGAUGAGUCGGAAAAGACUCGAGAAAUCUAUGAUUUAAUUACUUCACUUGGUGAUAUGUGCUCUUAAUUCUAAUUAAUAUGUUUCGUCCACUGCACAUGAAACAAUAUGUGCUUUCUUUUUUUCUUCUUCAUGAUUACAAUGGGUUUCGAUUGAGACUCGAACUUAAAAUAAAAACUAAUAAUGAAUUCAUUUUCAAUCA